UCGACCAAGAAAAAAGUUCAAAAAACCAAUCCGGCAACACGCGCAAAAAAAAAGAAAAAAAAGAAAGAAAAAAAGGAAGAGUUUGUGAAAGAGCCGCAUCCCAGCUCCCCCACCAAGCACCUACAGCACUCUCACACACGCCUUCACACCGACGAAAGGCAGCAAGCAACCAAGCAAGCAACCAAGCAAGCAAUCAUGGGUUCCAUCCGGAGAUCAAAGACGAAGCGAAGAACCAGAGACCUCGACCAGAUCCAUGGCGACCUCCGCAACCCACGACAGCUGGCGCAGCUCAAGGCGAUGAUUCCGGAUGAAGACAAGCCCGCGCUGGGAAUCCACCACUGCAUCGAGUGCUCCAAGUAUUUUGAGCAGGAGCACAACCUGCGCGAGCACAGGCGGGGCAAGAACCACAAGCGACGCGUCCGCAUGCUCAAGGACGAGCCGUACACCCAGAAGGAAUCCGACGCGGCGUCGGGUGUCGGCUGCGCAUCCUUCUACGAGGCGCGCGAGCUCUCGAAGGAGCAGCGACGUCUGGACGAGGAGGCGCGCAAGAUGGAGAUUGAAGCAUAGACCGCCCAUCUACCCUCCAUGUCACAUACAGAUCUACCGUACUCGGCUGGCGUUCAGCGGCGCUCAAAAUUUGGGAAUUCAAUUCAAUUCAAUGAUAAUAUAUUUUUUCUUCUUCGUUUACAUACCGUACUUUUAUUUUGCGUCCGAAUCCGUAAAAGCGCGCACAUGGCCCAAACUUA